AUGUCGGACUGGGGCCCAGUGCUUGUGGCUGUGGUGCUGUUCAUACUGUUAACUCCAGGUCUGCUUUUCCAGGUGCCAGGGCGCCACGGCUGCGUGGAGUUUGGCGGCUUUCAGACCAGUGGGGCAUCCAUACUCAUCCAUUCCCUCCUCUACUUUGGUCUCAUUUGCAUCUUCUUGCUCGCCAUUAAGGUGCCAGGGCGCCACGGCUGCGUGGAGUUUGGCGGCUUUCAGACCAGUGGGGCAUCCAUACUCAUCCAUUCCCUCCUCUACUUUGGUCUCAUUUGCAUCUUCUUGCUCGCCAUUAAGGUUCACUUGUAUCUUGGUUAA